AUGACAUCUACCGUAUCAUCAUCGUUGAUCACGACAUCCACGUCCAAAAUAAUCACCCUUGCAGCAGGCUGUUUUUGGGGUGUUGAGAAAGUAUUCAAAAACCAAUUCAGCGGUAAAGGAUUGAUUGAUAUCAAGGUCGGUUAUGCCAACGGAAUUCCAACUGUGGGAAAUGUUAACUAUGAGCAGGUUUGCUCAGGUAAUACAAAUUUUGUUGAAGCAGUACAAUUAUCGUAUGAGCCACUGAAGUUGAAAAUUGAAGAUAUCUACGAUGUGUUUUUCAGAAUGCAUGAUCCAACAACAGUGAACUCGCAAGGGCCAGAUAGAGGCACGCAAUAUAGGUCAGCUAUUUUGACAUCAGACGAAGAACAAAACAAGCUUGCAUGGAGUCUAAAGGAGGAGUUCCAAAAAAGUUGGUACCCCAAUCACAAGAUUGUCACUAUAAUUGAACCAAUUAAGAUUUGGUAUGACGCUGAGGAUUAUCACCAGCAAUAUUUGGAAAAGAAUCCAGGUGGAUAUGAAUGUUCUACACACUUUUUGAGAACCAAGCCCAAGGUGUAA